CAGCAAGGUGUCAGUGGCCACUUCAAUGACAACAGCAGCAUGGAGCAGCAGCAGGUCACAGCUGCCCUCCUGGAGGUGUCCCACAGGUGGAAAGUCCAGCAUCCCGGAGGAUUGCGUCUUACCUCAAAAUGGAAGAACUGAAUAUGGAGAAUUACAGCUUUGAAGAUUACUUCAGUGAAGAUUUUAGUAAUUAUAGUUAUGGCACUGGCUUGCCCCCUAUUCUACCAGAUUCUGCCCCGUGCCGGCCAGAAUCCCUGGAAAUCAACAAUUAUGUUGUGGUUUUCAUCUAUAUCCUGGUGUUCCUGCUGAGCUUGCUGGGAAAUUCCCUGGUGAUGCUGGUCAUCUUAUAUAGUUGGAGCACCUGCUCUGUCACCGACGUCUACCUGCUGAACCUGGCCAUGGCCGAUCUGCUCUUUGCCCUGACCUUGCCCAUCUGGGCAGCCUCCAAAAUGAAGGGCUGGACUUUCGGCACACCCCUGUGCAAGGUGGUCUCAUUCCUGAAGGAAGUCAACUUCUACAGUGGUAUUCUGCUCCUGGCCUGCAUCAGCCUGGACCGCUACCUGGCCAUUGUCCACGCCACACGCACACUAAUCCAGAAACGGCACUUGGUCAAGUUUGUAUGCUUAAGCAUGUGGAUACUGUCUGCGAUUCUGUCCCUCCCCAUUUUACUUUUCCGUAAGGCUUUCUACCCACCCAAUUUCAGCCCCGUCUGCUAUGAAGACAUGGGUAACAGUACCACAACAUGGCGGUUGGUGUUGCGGAUCCUGCCCCAGACCUUUGGCUUUGUCAUACCACUGCUGGCCAUGCUGUUCUUCUACGGCUUCACCCUGCACACCCUGUUCAAGGCCCACAUGGGGCAGAAGCACCGGGCCAUGAGGGUCAUCUUUGCUGUUGUACUGGUCUUCCUGCUCUGCUGGCUGCCUUAUAACCUAGUCUUGGUCACAGACACCCUCAUGAGAACCCAUGUAAUCCAGGAGACCUGUGAGCGCCACAAUGACAUUGACCGGGCCCUGGAAGCCACCGAGAUUUUGGGCUUCCUCCACAGCUGCCUCAACCCCCUCAUUUAUGCCUUCAUUGGCCAAAAGUUUCGCCACGGACUCCUCAGGAUCAUGGCCACCCAUGGCCUGGUCAGCAAGAAGUUCUUGGCCAAGGACAGCAGGCCUUCCUUUGUGGGCUCUUCUUCGGGGCACACUUCCACCACCCUCUAAGACUGCCUGCCUAAGUUGCAACCCCAGGGGUUCCACGCUUCCCCUCAGUGCCAUAUACUAGGCCGCAUGUGGUGGCAUCGGCCUCAGUGCAGACCCUCCAUUGUGGUGACAGGAAAAGCCCGGCUUAGAAAGCCUGUCCUGGUACCUGAACCCUUUCCAUAAUUAUGUACCUGCUGUGAGAGCUGAUCCAUCCUCCAGCUGGACCCAAAGCACUCCGCCUUCUAAGAAACCCAAAUCAAAACCACCGUGAGAUGCCACGUGGCACCCAUUUGGGACAGCCAUUAUCAAGAGGGGAAAAAAAGCACAAGACAAAUUAGCAAGGAUCAGCAAGGAUUUAGAGGAACUGGAACUCUGACCCAUUGCUGGUGGGAAUGUGAAAUGGCCACUCUGGAAAGCAGCAGGGCAGUUUUCCAGAAAACAUUAAAUCUAGAAUUACCACAUGAUCCAGAAAUUCCACUUCUGGGUAUGGAACCCAAAGAAUUGAGAGCAGGGGCUUGAACAGAUAUUUGCACACUGAUGUUCACAGUAGCAUUAUUCACAACAGUCAAAAAGUGGAAACAUUCCCAGUGCUCAUCAACAAAUGAACGGAUAAACAGAAUGUGAUGUGUACAUAUCAAGUGGAAUAUCACUUGGUAAUAGAAGGAAAUGGCAUACUGCUGCAGGUCAGGUUACAACGUGGAUAAGCCUUGGAAACAUUAUGCUAAGGGAAAUAAGCAAGAUACAAAUGGACAAGUAUUCUGAUUCCACUUCUAUGAAGUACCUGGAAUGGUCAAAUUCACAGAGACCAAAAGUAGAAUAGUGGUUACCAAAGGCAGGGAAGGGGACAAUGGGGAGUUAUUGUUUAACAGGUCAGAAUUUCCGAUUGGGAUGAUGAAAAGUUCUGAAGAUGGACAGCAGUGGUAGCUGGACAAUAAUGUGGAAGGAGUUCAUUCCUCUAAGCUAUGCACUUAAAAAUGAUUAAAUUGGGGGUCGGGGGUGCAACUCAUGGGUAGAAUGCUUGCCUGGCACACAUAAAGCCCUAGGUUUUACUUGAAAAAAAAAAAAAGUUAAAAUGGUAAACUUUACCUCAAUUAAAAAGAAAAAAAAAAAGCUGAGCCCAAAAAGGUACUUUAGCCACUGAACCAGCAUUGGAAUUACCUACCUGUAAUUUCUUUUAAAGUGAGAUCAUUAAAUAUCUUUUUUUUAUAAGCUA